AUGGACGGUUAUGAUCAUCUCUCCAUGGAUGUAUAUGGGCAGAACCCGCAAGUGCGAAACAAAAUGACUGAACCACGACACCACGGUGGGACUGCUACUACAGAAGUGACUGUUGUGAUAACUUUUGUUCUUGGUGCAGGUUUGGGUCGUAUUGCUGGAAUCCUAACUCUAGAAGUAGAAGAUGACAAGGUUCCAGUGGAUGCUCUUCAGCAAGUUGGUUCGCAAUUGGCAAUGCACAUUGUAGCAGCAAAACCGUUGUUCUUAUCAAAGGAACUUGUUUCUUCUGAAGCAAUAGAGAGUGAACGCGACAUACUCAAAUCUCAGGCAGAAACUACAGGGAAAUCUCAAAUGGCCAUAGAAAAGAUGGUGGAAGGUCGUUUGAGGAAGUACUUGGAAGAAGUAGUGCUGCUGGAGCAAAAGUUUGUUAUUAAUGAUAGUAUUAAUGUGAAGUCGGUGCUAAAUGAUCUAUCAAAGGAAGUGGGCUCAUCUGUGAACAUCGGAAAAUUUUACAGAAUGGAAGUUGGAGAAGGAAUUCAGAGGCUAGAAACAUCUGGUGCAUCUGAAGUCAUGGCCCAGGCAGCUUAAAUCGAGGCGAUCCCAUUUCCGGGUCAAAAGGAUGAGGUAUUAAUUCAAUAGAUACUGAUUAGCAUGAGUCUUUCCUCCCUAGUGUAUUUAAACAUGUUUCCCUUAUAUUCAAUCUACUGCAUGCUAUCUGAUUGCUUUGAUCGACCUUUUGUAUUUCCGCCGAUCCAAGAACAAAACCCAAUUUUUGCAGAAACAGAAAUGUUUAGAAAAUCAUAAUACAAGAGAAAAUAAAUUGCAGACAUGAAUAACACUUUUUGAUGAAGGUGUAUCAUAACCAUUUCUUGUGUGUUGCUUCC